AUGUCUGAAACCGCUCAGAAGUCGCAUACCUGCCCACAGAACGCAAGCAAGCAUCCAGGCUUGACUGACCUGCCAGCAAAAGGACAUCAGCGAUGGACUAAGGCCCAGAUAGCAGAGGACAACCAGAUUCUUAAGGAAUCACGCGAAGUCCAAGAGCAGGCAGCGCUGGAGGGGCUGCAACGGCUUGCAACCAUGCAGAAAGAAAUGGAAAAGGUGGAGGAACUCACCAAGUCGAACAUGCCGAAGCCAGCGAGACCUCGUGCCCACCCUGUCGUGAAGCGAACGGCGCCUGAUAAGAAGGUCCUGAUGAAAGGAAACACUGACCUAGAGGAAAGUGGUCGAGACGACAGCAGUCAUGUUCAAGAGGGAAUCAGUGAGAAAUCGAAGACUCAGAAGCGUGGCAAGAUCUCACUUAAGGAUGCCAUCAACAAUGCGCGAGAUCUGAUCGCAACGCCUGGAAUCAGAAGCCAGGAACCACGUUGUGGGUAUCACAACCUGGCAGGCACAUAUAAGAAAAAUGCUCAGCCAGUAUAA